AUGGGUGACUCAGAUGUAGGCAGUGUGUUGAAUGUUUGCCUCCUUACUUUGAGGCAAGCAAAGGAGGAAAGGGCAGUGGAUAAAAUACCUUGUGAUACAUUUAGGAGAGUGGUAAUAGCUUCCUCGAGGUUGGGGGAGACGGGAAAUGCUCUUCUGCCACCAUGCCUGGCCGAGCUGGCAGACCUGCUGCUCUACUGCCUGUCGGUUACAACGUUGCCAAUUGACACACAAACUACAGCAUCCUCCACUUUCUGCCUCAUCCUCUCUCUCAUCCAAGAACCUCACAGUAUAGCUCUUAUGUUCUCCAAAACCUUCCUAUCUUCCAACGACCACCUCAGAAUCAAACUAUCCAAGAGUUCUGAGCUGUCUCUCAGCAUCACCCGACCUGAUGUAUUCAAGCUCUGCCUAACGUAUGGUCUCCUUCAGACUGACAAUUUGUGGACCAAUGGCCAUGUUCUUUGGGAAAAGCUCCUCAAAGAGAAAUUGUUUUCAUUGAUAGAGAAACACUGCUUCCAAUAUUCUCAUUUAACCCUUUUGGCUUUCAAAAGCCUUGUCUCGUGGAUAAAACGGUGCGAGGUCCUGACGAAUCCCAUGCCACAAGACCUGAUGUCCAGGAUGGCAGCUGUUGUCAUUUCCAAUUGGGAGAAUCCAUUUAAUGGAGUCAGAGAACAAAAUGCGAUUGCAUUUAAUCAUUUGCUACUGAUGGCUGAAACCUCAGAUGAUACCCCACCUCUCCUCAAACCUAAUGCAUUGCUUCAGCUUGUUCUUGCAGAAAAUUCAUGGAUGAAGAAAAGUAAAUACUUCCUUCUGACUGCACUUUUGCCUCGUUGUGGUGUUCUCAAGACUCUACUUGAGGAAAGUGAUGACAUUGUCUAUGGUUUGAUUGCAAGCCUUAGUUACUCACACCUUGCCUCGGCAGGAACUGAUCUUUACAAAGUGAUAAUUGAUUCUAUAUCUCUCGACCAAUGGGAACAAACCUUUCUUAAACCUAUUACCGAUGUCCUCAUCUCUUCAAAAUAUGUGCUUCAGAAGCAAAAUAUUUUCAACUACUGGCUCCCAUGCACUAUAAAGAAAUUCAAGAUAGCCUUGCAGAUUCUGUUGGAUACUAUCACACUUUCAGGACAAUCUGAGAGUGUUGUUCUGCCCGUUGUUUGCUGCUUGAAGCUUGGACGUAAGGAAGGCUAUGAUAAUAUGUCUUGGCAGAACAUCUGUAACUGUACUUAUCUCCUCAGAGGACUCAAACACCAUGAUCCAUUGGUUAGAGCCCAGAGCUUCUCUACUGUUUGUGUGUCAUCGAAAACAUCAAUCGUUCCUACGGAUGAUGAAUUUAUUGCAGUUGAGACAUUCCUCAAUGAAAAUAUUAAUUCGGACAAUCAGGCUCUGAGACAGAGUAUUCUGAACAGUUUCACCUCCUUCCUCUGUCGUGUGAGAGAUGCAUCAGUUCAUUUACUUAAGACUAAGUACCAGCAUGAUCCUCAGUUUGAGAACCGUGCUCUGACGCGAAGCAUGACAUUUUUGGAAUGGCUAUAUAAUUUCCUUAAGUCAAACCUUGAAAUUGGAGUCAAUUAUCAGAGAAAAAUAGCAUCAUUAGAGUUGUACAAAAUUGUAUUGAACUAUUUAGCUAAUGAAAACAACCACAACCAGCGGAAGAGCAACCUGAAAACUGAGGGCCACCGCCUGAUGAAGUAUGCUAUAGGUGCCAACAAGUGGGGCUUCACUUCUGAUCGCAGUCGUGAGAUCCUUUUGUACUGUAUCAGUGACCCUUCAGAAGAUGUGAGAGAGACAGCUGCUGAAAUCUUGACUUGUUUCUUUAAAAUGGGCGAGGGUGAAGGGCCGAGGUUCGCUGAACUCUAUCGGAAGGGCCUCGGCCUAUGUUCUGAUAUGAUGUUUUAUAAUGCUGAUGCUGGUGCUCUCCUAAUCUAUGUCUUGGUCUGCCUCACCUACAAGGCUGGCGUUGGGCCUAAAGCAUUAGAUGUGAAGACUGAGAGUGUCAGUGAAUCUCUCCUGAACCUUGCCGAGGCACAAAGUAAUGAGCUGCGUACAGACCUUUUGAAGGCGACAACUUCUGGUUCUCCUCUGUAUGGUCUUCUCCAGGCCCUUUACCGCCUGCUCACUGACCCAUCUAGUCCUGAGUUCCAAUCCCUGGACCAGUCUCAACUAAGCAGGCUCAACUCUAUGGUUGAUGAGAUGGUAAGACAUCUGCUCCAGAUACUGGCUUCUAAGUCAACUAGUAUCACAGAUUAUGCUCCUUCGUUUCGAGAGAUGGGAGAAGAAAUUGAGAACACUAUCCAAGAGUCAACUGUAAGCGUUGAAGAAAGUGACAAACUCCACCUAUCUCCUGCACACCAGUUGGUGCUCAAUUCUAUAUGGACUAACUUGAAGGCAUGCUGUGCAUUAUCGUCAAAGCUGAGCGGCUGUGAAAACUCAGUGAGAGUGUUGAGACAUUGUCGCCACAAGGGUGCAGUGGAGUCAGCAGGACAAGCGCUCGCUGAAGUCACUAAAAACAAACCAUCUGAAGGAGAACUGCCGCUUUGCCAGGCUCUGGACAGGCUAAGUGCUGGGCAAACACAGAGCAGCAGGGGUGCUGGAGGAGUUGUGUUGGUCCAUCGCUUGGUGGCCAGUGACUCCAGGACUGGACGGCCGAUGGUGGACAAGGCAUUAAGCCACAUUCUAAGCCUGGUAGAGAGAAAGACUGGUGACCUCGCUCAGUGUUUACAUAUCCUGACGUCGCUCUUGAAGGAUUCCUCCCUCAGCCAAGACACCGCUAGGUACCUCCACCGCAUCACCCCAGCUGCGUUUGCCUGCCUCUCCCAUUCCAGCUGGCCUGUCAGGAAUGCUGCACUUCAAUUGUUUGGUUCUAUUGUUCCUAAAUUGGUCGGGCAGAAAAAACAAAAUGGUGAGGACAAAAGCUGUAGCUGUUACCAUUUGGCUUAUGAAGAGCUAUACUACCACUGUAUGCCUCUCGUCAACACGAUUCUCGACUGCCUUGAAACUGCAACCUCUGCUCCUCCGAACGAGGCUCUCUUGAUGCAUUCUAAGCUUGUCCCAGUUCUCACACUUUUGUCCAACCUAUCUGUAGGCCUUCUGACGAUAAUAGACAGAUCUUUGGAAGGUGUGUUUCACAAAUUUGUUGGUUCAUUUCAGCUAUUAAUGUCAAGUCGUGUAUGUAAGGUGCGUGAAUUGGCUGCUAAAGCUAAUGCAUGGUUUUGCAGCGUUAGUCAGAUAGGCAACUUGGUUAGAACACGUGUUUGGAAAAUAGUUGCUUAUGUCAAUGACCCCACUUUGGAGAAUGAGAUCAAAUCUGAAAAUGAACUUCACGGUUUUCUACUUAACACUAAGUUUUUAGUUACUAAGUUUAAUGAAGAGAAGGAAGGUAUGAAGGCAUUGCGUUCACAAGCUGAAGUCAUUAAAGAAUCAUUAGAAGAAUUAAAACCUAUUCAGAAUUCUCCGAAAAUUUCAUAUUUAUGCCGUUGUAUUUUGAAAGAACUUUGUGGUUACGAUUUCUCAGUGUCUGCUACUAAACAGAUGGAAGACCUACUUUUGCUACAAUCACCGACCCAUAAGGACCUGGGCUUGCCACAGUGGAUUUGUCUAAAUUCUCAGCAGAUUAUUGAAACCUGUCCUCUCAGUGAAUUACUCCCCACACUCAAUAUUGCCAUCAAUUCAAACAACUUGGAGAUCAUAGAAUCCUGUCUGACAGGCAUUGAAAGGAGGAUAACCAAGUUGGAAUUUGAAGCAGUAUCCAAUGGAGCAGUCAAUUCACUCUUUAGAUUUGUAACAAAUCAGCUUACUGCCCGAGACACACACAAAGCUCUUGAAGUGAUUUUGGAGAUUAUGUGUAGGUAUGAAAUAACACCCAUCAAUCUUAACGUUGACAGCUUGAUAGAGAAUCUCAUUUCUGACGACUGUCAUGUUGGAAUUGCAGUUAUGUGUGGAUUAGUACGAUUUAAAAAAGAUAUUGAUUCCAAAUUAGUAGAUAAAGUUGUCACGAAGUUAUGUUCAUCUUGCAGUCCUACUAAUAACCUUGACUGUAGACGUUAUGCUGUAAAAGGUUUAGUCCUUUUGGCACCGAUUAUGUUAGAAUCUGCCACCGAGGAUUGCCUCAACCUACGUGCCAAACUUUGGGAGGCUGGAGUGACCCUUCUUCAGGAUGAAUGUCCAUUGAUCAGGCACGAUGCAAGCAAAUUUGCUAAUGCUUUAACAGCAAAGCCUGACGCUGACAUCUUGAACCCCUAUUCAUCACUAAUUUUUCUCCAUGAAGAAUCUACAUUGAUGUCCUUGUUUCCACCCAGGCAGAUCAUUUCAUGCCUCUGGUCUGAAUUAAUGUGCACAAGUGAUGAACUUGAUGCUCUUGAAGAAGCUGCUACAAUCAUGAAUCCAUUCACGAAUUCCACACCCAAUGCAUACCAAGAGACAGUUAAAAUUGUUGAUGUCUCUAAAGAUCGAUUGUACUCUCUGGUAAGAAAAGACAGAGAAAUCAGCAAGUUAAUGGUGAAGGAACAGGUUAUUCCUGUCCUUAAACAUUUAAGAGACCAUUCCAUCAAGUUUGUUACAUUUAGCGAGGAGUAUGCUGUACGCAAUCCAGUCUUAAUAAACAGAGAAUGGUAUAUAAUCGCUAAAAAGUUAGAGAACCAGUUCAAGAUCAUCAAUUUUAUUAACAAUUCAGGUCUUGAUAAAGAUUUUGAAAUGUUUCAGUACCGUUUUCAGAGUUAUGUAGAACAUGUUACAUUUAAGUGCUAA